CGAGCUGCAAAUUAUUUCACCUAAAACAUUCGUCACCUUACAGCCCAGAAAACAAUUUCCCAACACCCGCAACAAUGUCCAUGCACUUCGCUCCCCAAUGGGCCAAACCCAUCAAGCCCUCCGGCUCGACAACUACUACUCCUACAACAGAAGUUCCUCUUAGGAAGUCUACCACAUCUUCUCCCUUCCCGGCUUUGCCCGCGAACCCUAGAUCGGCGUCUCCAACGACUACAACUCAUCCUACUUUGAGCUACUCGCGCGUAACGCAUACCCCAUCUAGUCCCAAUGUUGCGACAGACGGCUAUUUCCCCAACCAGGACCUGAACGGAGGAAUAGUAAAUGUCCAUCCAUUCAGGUAUAGUCGCGAGCAAAUACUUUCCCUCUUUGACGAGAGCAAGUUCAAGGAAAGGCCUAUUGAGUUAGUGGAGAUGGCAGAAGGCGGCGGUGUGUUGGUUAGCCAGAGUGUGAACCGGCCCGUAGGGAUGAGAGAUUUGACCGACACGGAGAAGAAGAUUCUUGCUACCUCGGUUCAUCCCGCUCUUUCGACGCGGCGACAGUUGAACCAAACGAAUACUCCGGGGGAGCAUGCGACGAAUGGCCUUUCCACUCGCCGCAAUGCAGGAUUUACCCGUGGGGAAGGCGGGGCCUUUAGUGGAUCGUUGGGGAAAAUGGGCUCUUUUGGCGGUGGAGUCUUGAGCCCUAGUGGUAUUGACCAUAAGGCGCCCGGCGCAUUGGGUGGAGGCUUUGGCGGUGUGGCGAAAAGGAUGAGUAGAAGGAAUGAGGACGUUGGCGGAGAAUCGAGGUCCUCAGCGGCGACCUGGAGGUCGGGCCCCAAGACUCCUGCCGGUAAUUUCGAAGGUGUUCUUGGGUUUGGCAACUCGGCCGCCCCUUCGAGCCCUUCCGUUGAAACUUCGGAGCAGAAAGAAGUGGGGCAGAGAAAAUGGAGGAUUGCUGCUGGUCUGCCGGCUGGCGAGAGCGAUAAGACUCUUGACGUUCCGAUCUCUAAUCAGGCCGGCGUGUCAGCCUCUGUGAUUGCCACACCUUCAGCUACGCCCAUUCCUGAUCGUGACGCAACGGUUCUUGACUCGAUCCCAGCUCCCACUCCCACUUCCCAGACACCUCAAGUACCCAUCCAAGAACCCAAGGAAGAUCUUGGUGCUGUUGAGUGGUUCUAUCGCGAUCCCAAUGGUCAAGAGCAAGGACCAUUCACUGGCACUCAGAUGCACGACUGGUACUCUCACUCAUACUUUACCGACGAUCUUCCUCUCCGUCGUGCGUCUGAAAGUGACUUUCGUCCAUUGUCCGAGCUCAAAGCAGCGACGGGCAACGCUGUUCAGCCUUUCCUCUCGCCCAUUCGACCUCGACAGCUGCCUCCCAAUCUUCCAAUCCCUAUCGCUGCCCUUCAACAGCAUGCAAUGAGCAGUCUUCCGGACAACUUCCGCAACCUCUCUAUGCAGUCUCCUAUUGGUUCAGACCCGCGCGUCAGCCCUCAGCCUCCCCUCCCUUCUGUCCCAGGCGCUGCCCCCUACAUUCCCGGCUACGAUACUGCCUUUUCCCACAAUUAUCCGCUUGGCCAUCAACCUCUCGAUCAGGUGGCUUCUCCUGGGUAUGCUCCCUCUCCCACGCAAGGGUGGAAUGCUCUUGCUCCUCAACCAUCUCUUCGCAUGGGCAUGUCUCCCCUUUCUCCUGCUCCAUUUAGCAACAUUGGUGUGCCUUCACCAAUCGGCUCCGCCCCUUUACAGUACAUGCAGCAACAGCAACAGCAGCAACAGCAACAGCAGCAGCAGCAGCAGCACCAGGGGUACUUUGGUGCGCCCCAGCAGAUGGGCAUGAGGUCAGCCCCCGGAGAUAUCUAUGGUCAGCCUCAGCCUUGGGGAGUGCAUGGUCUUCAGCAACAGGCCGGAGGCUUCCCGCAACAAAUAGGUUACCAAUCUCAACCCCAAAACCAGCCCCAAUCUCAAAGUGCCCCUGUUCAGUGGGACCAAGCUCAACUUCCUCAACAAGUAUUGUAUGAGCAAAGUCAGCCUCAGCAGCAGCAGCAGCAGCAGCAGCAGCAACAGCAGGAGGUCGAGCAGUCGGUGCCUAUCUCUGAGCCUGUGGAUGAGGGAUCUCAAUCUGAACAGGUUGAGGAAACUGCACAGAUUAAAGUAUCUGCUGAACCAGAGGCUGACAUCCAGCUUGAGACUGUUGAAGAUGUAAAGGAACAACUCGCUAUCGACCUCGAUCAAGAAGAGGAGGAUGAAGUAGAAGAACUUACUCCUGUCGAAUCUCCUGUUAUCUCUACCCCCGCUUUCAAGCCUGCUCCUGCGCCUACAACAAGCGCUUGGAAAAAGACUCUGACUCCUAGCGAUGAGACCUCUCUCACAGAUCCCGUCGAUCCCACCCCUGCGCAGGCCGCUUCUAUCAGACCCAGCAAACCUACUUCCAGGGAAGAAUUUGAGAUCAUCCCCACCCCUGUUCAGCUUCCCAAGGUUGUGGAUGUAUCCACUCCAGGCCCCACUGCAGAUGCUUCUGCCAGUCCUUCUCUUGAAAGGUCAUCUUCUAAGCCUAAGAUUGCUCCCUGGGCUAUUAAAAAUGAGGAACGUGCCGCUCCUAGUCCCUCUUUGAGAGAUAUUCAAGAAGCCGAGGCCAGGCGUGCUGAAGCUCGCCGGGUGGCCUUGGCGGAAGCACGUGCGGCGACCGCUUCCCCAGUGCUUGUUUCCGCAAGUUCAGAAGACCUGCCCGCUAGCAUGUCUUGGGGUUUGCCGUCACAGACUGGCAAAGGAACUGUCCGUUCUCACUCUCCCGCUACUCCUUCCACCCCUGGUCCUGCUGUAGCUGCAUGGGGUGGUGCUGGUGAGGCCCCUAAGAAGACGUUGAAGCAAAUUCAGGAGGAGGAAGAGAAGCGCAAGACUCGAGCUGCACAAGCUGCCCGUGUUGCCCAGGGCCAGGCUGCUGGGGCGGGUGCAAGUGCAAUCCCAAACGCUGGUAGUACCAGGAGGGGCUAUGCUGAUUUGGCUGCGGCACCUGUGAAGAGGGAGGAGAUUCAACCUGGAUGGACUACUGUUGGUGCCGGCGGCAGGGUUGCCAGUUCUUCUGGCGUUCCGAGAGCCGCCACCCCCGUUAACGUUAAGCCUACUCCUGCGCCCGUUGUGAAGCCUGCCGCCGCCCCAGUACCCGUGAAAAAGGCUACAGGCCCUUCUGCAUCCACAUCCAUUGUCGAUGACGGUGCCCCUUCAGUCGAAUUUGUCCGAUGGACCAAGCAAGCCCUCACCGGUUUCAAAGGUGAUGUUGAUGACUUCAUUUCUGUGCUCUUGUCCUUCCCUAUCGAUCCUCCUGCCGCUUCUCGAGCAGACCAAAUGGAGAUUAUCAGCGACAGUGUCUACGCCAACAGCUCAACUCUUGAUGGCAGAAGGUUCGCUCAAGAGUUCAUGGCGAAGAGGAAGGCGGAUGCGGCUAGGCCUGGUGGGGCGGCUGGUGGCAAGAAGAUCUCUAGUUUGGCCGAUGUGGUGAAGACUCAGCCAAAACAGACGACCGAUGCCGGCUUUAAGGUGGUGAAGGCCAAGGGCAAGAAGAAGAACUAAGUUU